UAAGACGACGCUCUUUCUAGCGUCCACUUCGGCGUCUGUACGUAGAUUACUUUUCUAGACACAAAAAUCAAUGAAGCUCCUUUGACCAUUCAGGAGAAAUGAGAGUGGUUUUCCUCUGUAAAGGUUCAAGGGGCGAUAUCGCUCCUGUUCUAUCACUUGCCGUCGGCUUCAAACAAAACAACCCCACAGAUAACUGCACCCUAGCAACUCAUGCAUGUCACAGACUCAAAUUUGACAGCAUUCUCAAAAAGAAUGAUGUGGAUUUUAUGGCUGUUGAUGACCUUGGAAAAGACAGUGGGCCUCGUAAUCUUGAGAAACUAGAGCUUCAAGUAUGUAGUGGAAGAGGUUUCUCCAAGAGUCAGCAACAAGAUCGCCUCAUUGAGAUGCACGGGAGUUUGCGAGCCUGCCGAGGGGCAGAUGCUAUCGUGUUUAACCUCUUUGCUUGCGAGGGAUGGUUCAUUGCUAAAUACUUUGAUGUACCAUGUGUUGCAGCUUCUCCAUUUGCUGUUACCAGAACUCCGCCCGUGACAUUUGAAAGCAAAUUUGUUGAUGCUUAUCCUGAUUUGUACCAUCGACUUCGGAACUCAAAACAAGGAGAAGUGAGUUAUGGUGACAUUGAUCACUGGAUGUGGAGACUCUACUUGGAUGACUUUGGGGAAUUCUGUGACAGUAUUGGUCUGCCUGUGUGCCCUUAUGCUGAACUGACUCCUGAUGACAGACUCCACCCAUCUACCACCCUUCUGUAUGGGAUCAGCCCACAAGUGAUUGAGAAGCCUCCUUACUGGCCAGAAAAUGUUGUUCUGUGUGGUUACUGGUUCCUGGAACUCCCAGAUGAACCCAUUAAUGACAUCAAGGUGUACCAUCCAGCAUCAGGUUACAGCACAUUGCCAGAUUUCUUUUCCAGCUUUAAGGGGAGUGGUGAAAGACCAGUAUAUAUUGGGUUUGGCUCAAUGGAAGAGCUGGGAUUUUUCUCGAGUGUUGAUUGCGUUGAGCUUCUUGGGGUGCUUAAUGAAGGUCUUGUCCAAUGUGGGAAAAAAGCACUCUUGCAACUAUCCCCCAAUUCCAAUCUCCUUAAAACAUGGGAAAUGUUGUGCAAAAACUUUCAGAACUGUAACAUCCACUGUCUCAUGGAAUAUGUCCCACAUUCUAAGCUCUUUCCACUAUGCCAAUCUGUAGUGCAUCAUGGGGGAAGUGGAACAGUUGGUAUGGCCCUAAGAUGUGGUGUUCCCCAGAUUGUGUGCCCUUUUAUGUUUGAUCAGUCAUACUGGGGUGAUAAAGUCAUGUGGAUGGGUGUCGGUGAGUCUGUUGGGCACCCACGGUCACUCAGCGCUGAAUCAUUUGGUUCAGCCCUUGUCAAGGUGGUUAGCCCAGAGGUUCGUAACAUGGCUGCUUCUUAUGGCAAAAUGUUAUUGGGUGAAGAUGGUGUUAAGUUUGCUGUGCAUCAACUUACAAAAGAGAUUAAAAGAAGAUAGCAAAUUUUAAAGAACUCUUGGUAAGUUGACAGAUGAUGUAAUGACUGUAAUGUAAAGGGCACAAUAAGUUAAGAUUUGUUUUGUAUUAUUGUUAUAAAAUUCAGUUUUAGACCUGUAGGCAUAGUCACCAACAAAACCACAACUGGGAUAUUUUGUAAGUUAUCGUACUGAAUAAUGUAAAUAAUAUGUAUGAUUUUUAUGGUUCAUUGGGUAUUUUUUCUUGUUUGCAUCAGAGGAGGGAAUUUAAGUUAUUUAAUUUUAUGGGUUUUAACAGCUGAAAGCUAAUUUAUGGUUUCAGUAAUUAAACUUUUAUUUCUUAGGAUGGGAGAACUUUCAAGUCAUGCAAAUCUGGCUGGCAAACUUUUAUGGGGUACAUAGAAAAAAUUGUCAAAAAACAAGUACUUUUAAAAAGGUUUCUACCCCAGAAUACAAAGUUUUAUUGCCAGAGCUGUAUACAUAAAUCUUUUCUGCCAGAGUAUGGUAAAUUAUUUUGUAAAUAUUUUAUUGUGGGUUUUAACUUAUUGAUUACAUUUCUGUAAUCGUUAUUCUUG